CGUUCCGACCCCCGCCUGCUCUCCCAGUUCUUCUUUGCCGAUGAGAGGGUGACGCGGGUGGUGGCUGAGAUCAACGGGCUGGAUGCUGACCUGGACCCGCAGCAGUACCUGGUGCUCCUCAACCAGCUCCACCUCAGCCAGGCUCACUUGCUGGCCAUCCUGGAGCAGAUCAUGGAGGAGUGCAUCCCCAUGCAGCGGCACAGCCGUGACUACCUGGUGAAGUUCCCCGAGGAGCUCUUGGUGGGCAACCUGGGGAACCACACGCUCUUUGCCGCCGAGUGUCUCCUGGCUGGGACCUUCCUGGAGGUGGAGGAGGUGGACGCGGCGCAACUGCGGCCCCAGGCCAGGAACCUGCUGUGCAGCCUGGAGCUGGUGCGGACUGUGCUGCGGGAGCAGAGCCUGAGCCAGCCUGGCUCCUACCCAGAGCCCGUCCGGGCUGUGCUCGUCCAGUUCGACAGGCUCUUCGCAGAGUUCGAGCUGAGCUAUGUGUCCUCACUGGUGGUGGUGAAAUCUCCUGAGGAGAUCUACAGGCAGCAGGAGAUCAUCGUGCUCUUCUGUGAGACGGUGGAGAGAGCCCUGCGCCUGGGCUACCUGACCCAGGAGAUGAUCGAUGGCUAUGAACCACUCCUGCUGUUCACCAUCCCUCGCCUGGCCAUUAUCAGUGGCCUCCUCAUCUACCCCGAGGGUCCCCUCAGCCUGGAACGGAGCCCUGAGCAGAUGUCCCAGGUCUUCAGUCCCUUCUACAACCUCCUGAAGAAGAUCAGGUACAUGAUGGGGGAUGAUGGGCCUCUGCACUCCCAGGUCCCCAGGAGCAGCCCUGGGCUCAAUGCCACCCUAGGUGCCCACUGCUUGGAGCUGCGCUCCCGCUACAGCAGCACCAAGGACAUGCUGCACACCCUCUUCGUCUGCAUCUCAGGCGUGGCAGAUCAACUCCAGACCAAUUUUGCCAGUGACCUGCGGAGCAUCUUGAAAACAGUCUUCAAGAUUGUCACCUCGCAGGCGGAGCCCUCGGAGGAGCCGCGUGCCAGCCGUGAGGGUGUGACGGCCCACUGGGCGCCGGCCCCACCGAGGCUGCCAGGCCCCGGAGGACAGAUCUUCUGCGCCCGCUGCUCACCGCACGCCGCGGCGCUGCCGCACUACAACCAGCCCAAACCUGUGCGUGUCUGCACGCACUGCUACACUGCGCACCUCUCGCCCGCGCUCCGGCGUGCCCGGAGCCACUGA